UUGGCCGCGCCACAUGCUGUUACGUAAUACAAAGAAUUAAUGCCGAAAGUUAGUCUUGCCAUAUGACCCAUGGGGCUUGGCCGCCGGGGUUGUACAUCGUUGUUGCUAGGUCCCCAGACCUAUUUUGAGCCUCCAGGAGCAACAACCUGGCAGUAUUUAUUAAUCGCAUAUCACACAUGACGCCGACGUCUAAAUCAUCGACUCCAGAAGAGCACGAGCACGAUCCAUUCGUGCGUCAGGCAUUAGAGCAGGCUGCGUUCUGCGAACCUGUACCCACAGCAUUCUGUGUAGGAUGCAUCCUUGUGGUGCGUUUGCCAGACUCGGAACCAAUUGUGUUGUCCAAGGGUUUUUCGAGGGAAUUGCCAGGGAACACUCAUGCCGAGGCAAAUGCUUUGGCCAAGCUUGAGGGUCUCUCUUCCCUGCAGCUACAAUCUCUCGUUUCUCCAUGGCCAUGGGAAGCGGCACUAGUCAUAGAAGACCUUCUUCCCCUCGUAGACGUUUAUACCACGCUUGAACCAUGCUCAGUCAGAACAUCGGGCCUGCCUGCCUGCGCUGACGCCCUCAUUCGCGCCAGGAUCAGACGUUGCAUCAUAGGUGUACGAGAGCCAGAUGACUUCGUCAAAUGUGAGGGUGCGCAAAAGAUGAAAGAUGCCUGGUAUCGAGAGCAAGAAUGCUUAGACGCUGCCCGCAGAGGUCAUGAAAUCUAGACUACCUCCGACUAUCUCUGACCAGU